AUGUCUUUGACAACAGAUCCCGACCCCUCCGAUGGCUGCCCAGCCUUUAUCCCCCUCGAAGCGAACCCUGAGCUCAUGACCACCCUCAUCCAUAAGCUCGGUGUCUCGGAAGCUCUCGAGAUCCACGAUGUAUACUCCUUGACCGAACCAGACAUGCUGGCCUUCAUCCCCCGCCCUGCGCUCGCCCUUUUGCUCGUAUUCCCCAUUAGUCCCGUGUACGAGAGUCAACGCAUGGCCGAAGACAGCUUGGUGGAUGAAUACAAGGGCAAGGGAGACACCGAGCCCGUCUUAUGGUGGCCUCAGACGAUUCGAAAUGCUUGUGGUCUUAUGGGAUUGCUGCACGCUGUUACCAACGGAAACGCACGAAACUUUAUCGAGGACGGCUCUACCCUCGAUAAGGUCAUCAAGAAGAGCAUGCCUCUAGACGCUCGCGGCCGUGCAAAGGUUCUCGAAUCGACACCCGAGCUAGCGACCGCCCAUAAAGAGGCUGCUACUCAAGGCGACACGCCCGCCCCUGAUGCCGAGGACGACGUCGAGCUGCACUACGUCUGCUUCGCCAAAGGAACAGAUAACGGACUUUGGGAACUCGACGGACGACGAAAGGGACCUAUUCGACGAGGUGACUUGGAUGAUAAUGAAGAUGUGCUUAGUUCCAAGGGGUUGGCACUAGGUGCGCUCAAGUUUUUGGAAAGAGAGGGUGCGGAUUUGAGGUUCAGCGCUGUUGCGCUGGCUGGGUCUGUCGAUUAG